AUGACGAAAACCAACGCGUUGAGAAUCAGCAGCGACAGUCAGAAGAAGGUGGACGACUUCCGCCAACAGCUGUUCAGCGACAUCCAGACUUUGUUCUGUGAUGUCAUUCCACAGAAGAUUGUGGCUCUAGACGCUCUGCUCCAGGACAAAGCCUUCACCGACAUCUCAGCAGUCAAGGCUCCUCUGGACAUCCCAGUCCCAGACCCGCCCACAGAGGAAAUGGAAACAGACAAACCGAAUGAGAAGAAGAAAGCUGCUCCAAAGUGCGGCUUCAUCGCUUCCAACGAGAGGAUCUCAGACUUGCUGCGAUUGGUCAAACCAGAGAUCUGUGCGUUCAGGGAGACGGCGGCGCUCGUCACAUGUUGGAUCCACCACCUCAUCCCCAGAAUAGAGGACGGCAACGACUUUGGAGUGGCUAUUCAGGAGAAAAUCCUGGAGAGAAUCGCUGCUGUUCAAAAGAAGAUGGACGAGCAGCUGCCCAACAUCAACAAGUAUUUGACGGAGAGAGGAGACGCCGUGGCCAAAGCCUCCAAAGAAACUCAUGUGAUGAACUAUCGCUCUCUGGUGCAUGAGAAGGACCUGGACAUGUUCCACGAGGCCAGAGUGAUCCUCCUGGACCUGCGCGGACUCUACACUGAAUUUUACGACGUCGUUAACAAAAACAUGGACAAAGUAACGAACCCCAAAGGAGAAGAGAAGCCGUCCAUGUACUGA